AUGAGCACUAGCACUGUGACUAGCAUUGAGAGCUCUAGCACUGUGACUAGCAAUGUCAGCACUAGCUCUGUGACUAGCAUUGUGAGCUCUAGCACUGUAACUAGCAAUGUCAGCACUAGCUCUGUGACUAGCAUUGAGAGCUCUUUCACUGUGACUAGCACUGUGACUAGCAAUGCCAGCUCUAGCACUGUGACUAUCACUGUGAGCACUAGCACUGUGACUAUCACUGUGAGCACUAGUACUGUGACUAGCACUGUGAGCACUAGCACUGUGACUAGCAUUGAGAGCACUAGCACUGUGACUAUCACUGUGAGCACUAGCACUGUGACUAGCACUGUGAGCACUAGCACUGUGACUAGCACUGUGAGCACUAGCACUGUGACUAGCAUUGAGAGCACUAGCACUGUGACUAGCAUUGAGAGCACUAGCACUGUGACUAGCACUGUCUAUGCCCUAUUCUACGGACGCCUCCACACGCCCUCUGUGGGCACAGCUGAUACACAAGUGCAAGUCUCGUGGGCUGUGGCGCGUGAGGACAUGACAACUGGUCUUCAGUCGUGUGUCAUGUGGUGA